ACGAAAAUGGUGGCGCACUGGAGACAGGCGGGACUCAGUUACAUUCGUUAUUCUCGUAUUUGUGCACAAGCAGUGCAGGUUACUCUGAAACCCCAGUACCAAGCAGAGGCUAAGAAAGUAGGAGAUAUAAAUGUAAAAGUCAACAAGUCAAAAGAGUAAUGUGAUCUGAAG